AUGGUGCGGUUCUACGGUGCAAUGUUCCGCGAGGGUGAUGUUUGGAUUUGCAUGGAAGUGAUGGAUACCUCACUCGACAAGUUUUAUAAAAAAUGCAAAGCUCUAGGAAGAAGGCUUCCUGAACCUUUCAUAGCAAGAGUGACAUUGUCGGUCAUUGAAGGACUUAAUUUCAUGAAAGAAGACAUGAAUUUGAUACAUCGUGACGUGAAGCCGUCAAAUAUUUUGCUUAAUCGACAUGGGCAAGUAAAAAUAUGCGACUUUGGCAUAUCAGGACACCUUACUAACAGUCUAGCAAAGAAGUCUUUCUGUGAAGGUCUUUGA